UAAAUAACGGGUAAUGGAGGAACAACUGUACUCUGCAGGCUCCAUAUCCCACAAUGUAUCAACUACAAAUUCCUUUGUAAUCGUAAGCUCUACAACUUCAGUUCUAUCAAUGCUAGGCACGCUACUCAUUUUUAUCACAUACUUCACAUGGAAAGAAAUACGAACUUCUUCACGACAAAUUCUCUUGUUCAUCUCAAUUGCCGACUUCUUUAACGCUUUAGGGGACAUGUUUUCUGUCGUACAUGACGAGGAAACUUUUCCUGKUUGUCGAAUACAAAGUUUCGUAACAACAGCAUCAAGUCUUUGUUCCUUUUUCUGGACGACAUUCAUGUCUGUAUACUUGGUUGUGACUAUCGCAAUGCGAAAACCAGCACUUGCUGAGAGGUUAUUCUGCGGAUUUCAUUUUUUCGCCUGGGGAGUUCCUUUUGCGAUAACUGGCGUUGCACUUGGUUAUGAUGUACUGGGAAACGACAGAGAUCUGUUCUCAGCUGGAUGGUGCUGGAUUAAAAAAAUGGAAAGAGAAAAACAAAUAAUGUGGAUGUGGUUCACGGGGAAGGCAUGGGAGAUCGCUACUUAUCUGCUUAUAGUUGUAUUCUAUGCAGUGCUGAAGUGGUACAUUCGACAGGAUAUCAAAUACAAAUGUGAGCAGUUUACAACGACAACAGCACGUCAAGUAGCAGCCAAAGCUGACAGAAAGCUGACAUUUGUACCACUUGUCUUUAUCUUGUGCCGUAUUUGGGGCACUGUCCGCUUUCUUCUSUAUGUUUGUAAUGUGACCAAUGAGAAAGAAUGGCUUGUUUAUCUUCAGGGCAUAGGAGACAAUGCACAAGGCUUUGCCAAUUUUAUGCUGUUUUGCUUCUUCACUGAGAAAUUCCAGACAAAAUUCAAGCAAGUUUGCUGUCCAUGUAUCAAGUCAGAACCCAUGAAAACUGGUCCUCAUAAUAGCAACGAUCAAAGACCAAGGGCUUCAAUUAAYGAGAGAACGUCUCUACUCUCAAGCACGAAGAGUAAUGGAAAAGACUGACACAAUAGAAAAUAUGAUAGAACUGGCUAAAGGAAUGCCUGAUGCAAUACCUUMAAGAAAAUGACCUGUGAAACAAAAACCUUACAGGAAAYAACUCRGGAAACAAAAAGGAGAAACCCCUUUCAAAGUAUAUCUCUUUAAAAAGAAAAUACAACCAGCUAUUUCAACAUUACAAUAUUUAAUACAAUGACAAGUCUCCUURCCAAGAGCAAGCAAUGCAAAUGUUUUGUUUGUAUGAAAUGGUAGUAAAUAAGCUAAAAUCUUGCUUAGGGUKUGUUGAAAGUUAUCAUUUUUCAACCACAAUCUCACAGCACAUAAUUGUCUUUAUCCACGACAUUCUGUGUUUUUGACAUUAUUUUAGAACUUAUUUUCAGAGGUAGGUAGGUAGGUUUUCAGCUGUGGUCAUAACAUUAUUAGGGUAUAGUGCUAAAGUGGACACUAUAUUAUUAUGUUUUCUUAAAAACAUAGAAAAAACUGUUAUAUAGGGCUGAAUUGUUCUAAUAAAACAGAGAAGCUACAAGUU